AAGCCAACCUAAGCACAGUUGCGAUGGCUAUGUUUACUAACGUAACCAACUAGCUAAGGCUAGCUAGCCUGCCUUCUGCCUUCCGUAUAAGGAAAUGGGUGGACUGUGUUUUAGAUUUAUAUGUUUACUAAGAACCUGAAGUCAGUCUGUAUCCCAUUUUUCCGCAUGUGGCUUCCUGGAAACAAACCGCUUUUUGAAAACGACGAAUUGGUCUCAAAAUUACUUUACCUAAUGAUAAAUAGCUAAGGUGAGGGUACAAGCAGUAGCCAAUGUUUUGUUAGCCAGUUAGCUAGCGCUACAGUUAGCGAUCUUUCUAAUUUCGAUAGUAUUUGAACUUCGAGGAGCAAAACAUUCUAAGAAUCUUUCAAAAAGCUCUGUGAAUCUGUGUUGACUGACCCUCAGAGAACAGCCGGACCAUGACUUCAGACAGCAGAGUCAGCAAAGCUCUGAAGGUGAAGAGAGAGUGCGGGGAGAACGUUCCGGUGCUGUCGGACAGCGAGCUGAUGUCCCUGUCGGUGCGGGAGCUGAACCUGCACCUGCGGGGGCUCUCCCGGGAGGAGGUGCAGAAGCUGAAGCAGAGGAGGCGCACGCUGAAGAACCGGGGCUACGCCGCCAGCUGCCGGGUGAAGAGGGUGUCCCAGCGCGAGGCCCUGGAGCAGCAGAAGCGCGAGCUACAGCGCGAGGUGGAGCGGCUGGGGGCGGAGAACGCCGGCAUGCGGCGGGAGCUGGAGGGCCUGGGCGCGCGCCUGGCCGCCCUGCAGAGGUUCGCCCGGGGACUGGAGCCCGGGAGCGGGAAUCACCUGGGCACCGCCCCCCGCCUCAACACCGCCUCCGUCAUCACCAUCGUCAAAACCCCGCCCCAGGGACACAACCCCAGGGAGCAGGGCAGCUCGUAGGGCAGCUCGCAGGGCUGACACUCACACACGCUCGCACUCACACCCGCCCAUUCAUACAUGUAUACACGCACACUGGCACACACGCAUGCACAGAGCCACUCACUCACACUCUCUCUCACACACGCCGACGGAGAGAUGCACGGGACUAGGAGCGGAGCCAGAUCCACAGAACAGGACAGAUUUCCGAGCUUACUUGUAUACACAAUCUCAUAAGCGCGCGCACGCACACACACACACGCUGGCAGGUACAGGGAUGCACAAAGCAGGGCUUCUGUUGAGGGCAGGGACACAGACAGCGUCUCACACCGCUGGACUGCUCAUUGACCCAAGAGACUUGAGGUUAGGAAUCAAACACAGGGUCAGGGAUAUUGACACACAAGCAGAGUCUGUCCUGCGUACAAUAUGACUAACUAAUGGAAAUAUUAGGAAACUACAGAGGUUAGACCGAUGGACAUGGAGUGAGGCAGGGACAGUUUUCUGACCGUUUACCCUGCAGGAAAUGAUGGUCAGCUGGACAGACAUCCAUACUGGUCUUAAGGCUGUUACAUUAUCACAAACAGCCAAGCAUCUGGAAUCCAGCAACUGUUCUAUUUCACUUCUCUGUGUAUGCUAUAGUACUGUACUCUGUGGCAGAAGAUAAUACAGUGCUGUGAAAAAGUAUUUGUAUUUAUCCUGAUUUCCUCUAUAAUUGUAUAUUCAUCACACAGAAUGGUUUCAGACCUUAAGAUAAUAUGUAUUAAUAUACAAAUUUAUUUGACAAAGUCAAACCAAGUAAAUGCAAGACACAUUUUUAAAGUUGUGUUUUGCAUUAUUUAAUUUAAUUUCCUUAAAUAAAAAUAAUUGUCAAAUACCGAUAUCAGUCAUGUGAAAAAGUAACUGCCUUCUAUCAACCAAUUAACCACAUUUAAUUUAUAUUUGGUUAAAAGCUGCUUGAACACAGCCAGGCUUGAUUGCAGCCAGCCCUAUUGAAUCUACACCCUUCCAUCAGAGUGAAGUACCACAGUACCUCAGAAAUUCCAGAGAAUUGAAAAAAAUGUUGAAAUGUAUCAGUUUGCAAAGGGGCUCUGGGACACAGUGAGACAUUAUCCCCAGUCCUGACUUAUGUCCAAUAUAGAUGCUAUACUCUGGCAGGAAACGAGAAGUUUAUGUUAAAAAAACUAUUUGAAAUGGCAGUUCUGCAAUUAAGAGUGGGCUAAAACUCCUCCACAGGGAUGUGAAAGACUGAUUUAGGGGAAUCACAAAUUAGGGAAGUGUUUGUGGUUUCAGUUGUUCUUGCUAAAGCUGGCGCAACCAGUUAAGUUUAAGGGUGCAAUUAGCUUUUCAUAUGGGUGUUUGCUAACUUUUGUUAAAUAUUUUCAUUGCAAUAUCCCUUUGUCUGAUAUUGAAUUUUGUCUAAGGACCUGAAACCAUUCGGUGUGAAAAUAUACAAUAAUUGAGGAAAUGAGGAAGGGGGCAAAUACUUGUUCACAGCACUGUAUGCACCACAGUCUAUGUAUUAAUAUAAUUAGCAUUUUUCAGCUGUAUGUCAGCAUUUAUGAAAAGAGCUCUGUGGCUUAGCCUUGGGUUGUCUCAGACUGCAAUGAUAUGCCAGUAGGUUUUUUUUCUUUGUUUGUUUGUUUGUUGUUUGAGUGUUUUGCUGUGAGAUACCUACGCCUGCAGCACUGUCCACCGCAGAUCAGUGUCUCUGCACGCACAGGCUGAGACUGCUCUGUCAAUGCAAUGCUUUUAAACCUGUACAUUCCUUUAUGUCAUUGUUUUAUGUUUGUACAACGGACGGAAAUGUUCCGACAGCAUUUAUCAGAGUUCUUCUAUUUUAUUUGUAUUUAAGAUAUAAAUGACAAAGCUAAUUUGGGCUGUAUUGUUAUGAGUCCAAAAAUACCUUGCAUAUGGGAGGUUACGGAGAAUUUGUGUGUUCAGUUGAUGAUGAUGAUGAUGAUAAUUAUUUUUGUAACGUAUACUUUUAAUGGUAUCAGUAGACGUGCUAAAAAGAGGACGGUCUGUUGUAAUACGACCUGUGUGAUGCAUAUCUGUGUUAUAAUUGUAGUGGCUUGACGUAGGGGUAUUUUGCUAUUUAUACCGGAAUGAUCCUCCUUAUUGUCUUCACUUAUGUCAUAAUGUUUCUCUUUCCAGAGACAAGGGUGGGGUAACAGGCUGCUGGCAUGGGGAUACAGGAAGAGAAGAGGGAGGGAGAAAAGAGGGAUAGCGAGAGAGAGGAGAGCGAGAGAAAGUGCAGGAAAGGGAGGAGAGGGGCUCCUUGAGCGAACUGUAGAGAUGGGAACUGCACAUGCAGAGAGAGCGUAAAAGAGGAGGUGUUUGAGAUGGACAGAGAGAAGGAUGUAAGAGGGAGGACAGGUGGCAGCCCUGCUGCAGCUAACCAGUGAUUGUCAUUCGUCCCAAUUAUCUCAGAUAUUUAAAUCCUUUUAAAGGUAUUUUUGUUGUAUUUGCUUCAGUAUGGAAAUGAGUUGUUGCAUUGUAAGAGCAGUGGGCGUAUCGUCUGAAUAUCCACCAAUUACAGGGGCUGAACCUUACUGAUAAGCUGAUUGCUGUUUGUAACCAAUGUGUUUUGGAAAAUUGACAUUAAUUUAAUGUUAAUAUGAAUGUAAUUUAUUCAUAUAGAUGCUCUCUUAAAAUGUAUUUAGCUAUUACAGAUUGUAGGGAGCUGAUUUGAUGUCUCAAAGCAUUUAGCCCUAGCCCUAGAAAUGACUAACAAAAAACAAAAAAAAGUGAUUGUUCUGAAUUUUUCCUAACUGUGUUGGAUGUUUUGUAAUACUCCGAAAAGUUCCUAUUUGUAUUUAUUAUAUGUAUUUUUUCUAUGGUAAAAUGAAAGUACAUCAUGUCUAUUUUAUAUAUUAAUAAUUAAAAUAAACAUUGUAUAUAUUGUACAUAUAA